AGAAGGAGGAAGGCAUAGGAGUUGGUUUAUCACCAAUCCCGUUGUUGAGAUUCUAUCCGCGGUAUCAAGGAGCCCACCGGGGUAAUGGACGGGGGGAAGGAGUAAAGCGAGAGGCGAGGGAAGAGGGAAAAGGGGGCGACAUAGGUUGGCACGUUCUAUCCGGCGCGCGCGGUUCUCAGAGGGGCAAGGGAUCACAAGAGGGAGCAUGGGAUGCUCGGGGUGCGGAGUGCGGCCAGUCAGUGCGCGGCGAGGCGCGCCAGCUGCCGCACGUCAUGAUUCUACCCCAGAGCAACUUGACAGAGGGUGAAGAGGAUUUGCCCGAGGACACUCUCUCGUUGCUGUCUGUGCUAUUCGUCGGCUUUCUCCUCUUCGUUCUCAUAUUCUUCUCAGUGGCUGGUAACGUAUUGGUUUGCGUUGCGAUAUACACGGACCGCGGAUUGAGAAGAAUUGGAAAUUUAUUUCUCGCAUCGUUGGCCAUUGCUGAUUUAUUCGUCGGCUGUCUGGUUAUGACAUUUGCCGGUGUCAACGAUCUACUCGGCUACUGGAUGUUUGGUCCACGUUUCUGUGACACAUGGAUUGCAUUUGAUGUCAUGUGCAGCACUGCCUCAAUCCUCAAUCUGUGCGCAAUAUCACUGGAUCGUUACAUACACAUCAAAGAUCCACUCAGAUACGGUCGGUGGGUUACGAGGAGAGUUGCUGUUGCUAGUAUUGCUACAGUUUGGCUUCUCGCUGGGACUGUGUCAUUCGUUCCAAUCAGCCUGGGACUGCACAGAAGUGAGGAGUCCAAAAAUCCACCACCAACGUACAACGAUGGUACACAGGAAUAUCCAACCUGUGCUCUGGAUCUGUCACCAACGUACGCCGUUGUAUCAUCAUGCAUAUCAUUCUACGUACCCUGUAUCGUCAUGAUAAGUAUCUACUGCAGACUGUACUGCUAUGCUCAAAAACAUGUUAAGAGUAUAAGGGCAGUGACAAAGCUUCCUCAGCCAUCAUCAAUCGGAAAGAGUUUUCGUGCCAAGAGUACGCGUAAAUUACAACAGGCCAAAGCUAAACCACCGGCGAAGGCUAAGCCAACGAGUCCAUAUCACGUGUCUGAUCAUAAAGCAGCUAUAACUGUUGGUGUUAUAAUGGGUGUAUUUCUCAUAUGCUGGGUGCCAUUCUUCUGCGUCAACAUUGUCGCUGCAUUCUGCAAAACUUGCAUACCAGAUCGAGCUUUUCAGGUGCUCACCUGGCUUGGCUACAGUAACUCGGCCUUUAAUCCAAUAAUCUACAGUAUUUUCAACACUGAAUUUCGUCAGGCAUUCAAGCGAAUCUUGACAAAGGGCACGAGAGCCAGGGGUAAUCAGCCAUCCACCAGUGAAUGCGGUGAAUUUCGUUCUGUUAUCGUGCAAAAACGUAAUGGUUCAAUAGUAGAGUGUAACAUCAGUCCGAGAUCGAGUGCUGACAGUUGUCAAGUUGGACUUGGACGGCAGCAUCGUGACACUAUUGUAAGUUCAAUAUGAAUUAGCACGGCACGAUGAUUGAAAAGGGAAAAUACAAGACAUGUGCGAAAAAAUUUCAUGGAAAAAUCGAUCCUUGAGAAAGAAAUAUUUUUAAUAGAGACUAUUUUACAGAAGAACAAACAAGGGAGCUUGUUGACUUCAAACCUUGCCCAUUUUUCUCCCAAAUUUGUUAACUGAACAAUAAAAAUAUUAAGUAAAAAUUACUUCGAAAAAUAAAUUACAUUUAAUGAAGUAAUUUAUGCUUAUUCCCCUGUAAAUUAUUGCCCCCCUCCCCAUCCGUUAAAAAAUAACUUAUUUAAAAUAGAAUGGAUUAAUGAACCUCCUCGGAUUUUUUUAACGUCCAAAAUAAAUAAAUAAACAAUUCAAUAGGGAGACUAAUCUCUCCGAUUUUUCCAUGAAAAUUUUGACGUAUGUGGAUAGGUGUAAAGAGACACAGAGAGUGACAACAGUGGAGGAAUUAACCAUAAUUGGCCAGUUCGGACCAUUUCAACGACAAUCAUCAUAAUGAAAGAAGAUUAAAUACCAAAGUUAAAUGAAUGAGGCAUAUCCAGAAUAACGGACUGUGUGAUAGGCAUAACAAUUACUUGGAUGGCACAUUAUCUCAUGAAAUUUCCAAAGGAAAAUUCAUCAAAUUGAAGAUUAUACUUGCACGAAUAAUGUAAACCAUCAGUCUAGUUAAUUAGAGUGAAUGAAGACCGUUAAUGGAAUUAAUAAUCAUCCAGAUUAUUUACUCGACGCACACGGGUUACACUCGAUAUAUCAUUUUUAUCAUCUUGUAAAUGAUCAUUUAUUUAUUUUUCUAUUAAAAUUAUCGACGAGAAAAUGUUGAAAAAAAACUGUUCACUAAUAACGAUCAACAGGGGAAUUGAUCUACAUAGAAUAGAAGUGGUUGACACGUUUCGCGAAAAACCUACAUGAUAAUUAAAUUAAAAAAAAAACAAAUAUACAUAUUAGCAUCGUUACCAUAAUUGAUAUUAACUGAGUCGUGUAAUUAUUAUAAAAACUCAAAACUCCAUUAAUCUCGUUUUAUUUAUCAUGUAAAUAAUCAUUGUGUACUCUAGUCAAAUAAGUCAAUAAUGUAUAAAUAUUGAAGAAGAAAAAAAACGGGUAAUUAAUUUUCACGUAGAAACAAAAUGAGACAUGUUUCAAUGAAUUUAAUUCCUCAAGCCCAUUUUUAUUUAAUGAUCCAGCA